ACACCCUUACAAGGCAUAAAAAAUCAACAUUUGCACGGAAAGUAGUUGGGAAAGGAAGAAAAGAAAAUGGUGGAGUUCAUUAAUAGCAUAGCAAAAAAAUGGAGAAAUCUGAGUGGAGAACAUAAUUGGGAAAAUCUACUUGACCCUUUGGAUUCCGAUCUUCGGCCGUACAUUAUCCACUAUGGCGAAAUGGCUCAAGCUACUUAUGAUACUUUCAACUCCCAGAAGGUAUCAAAGUAUGCCGGAGCCAGCAUCUAUGCAAAAAAGGAUUUCUUCGCCAAGGUGGGUCUUGAGAAAGGCAAUCCGUUCAGGUAUGAGGUUACCAGAUUUUUCUAUGCAACCUCGGAAAUUCAGUUACCGGAGGCGUUUAUUAUAAAGUCGUUGUCCAGGGAGGCGUGGUGCAAGGAAUCCAACUUUAUGGGGUACGUGGCUGUUGCCACGGAUGAAGGGAAGGAGGUUUUGGGGCGGAGGGAUAUCGUGGUGUCGUGGAGAGGGACAGAGCAGGCGCUGGAGUGGGUUGAUGAUUUGGAGUUUAAUCUGGUUUCUACUGAGAAGAUUUUUGGUAAAGGUAGUGAGGUUAAGGUGCACCAAGGUUGGUACUCCAUCUACACUUCGGAUGACCCUCGUUCCCCUUUUAACAAAAGCAGUGCCCGAGAUCAGGUUCUUAAGGAGGUCAAGAGACUAGUGGAAAAAUACAAGGAUGAGGAGAUUAGCAUAACUGUGACAGGACACAGCUUAGGUGCAGCACUUGCAACAUUGAAUGCGGUAGACAUAGUUGCCAAUGGCUACAAUAGAACUGCAAAAUGGCCGCACAGGGACUGUCCUGUUACAGCCUUUCUAUUUGCUAGUCCUCGGGUGGGUGACUCUAACUUCAAGAAGGCCUUUUCUGAGCUCAAAGUUGUUCGAGCCUUACGUGUCCGUAAUGCCUCAGAUGUUGUCCCCAACUAUCCCUUGAUUGAUGUUGUCCCCAACUAUCCCUUGAUUGGUUAUUCGGAUGUGGGAGAAGUGUUGGAUAUUGAUACCCGAAAAUCUGAGUACCUGAAAAGUCCUGGAAACUUGGCAACUUGGCAUAAUUUGGAAUGUUAUUUGCAUGGAGUGGCAGGAACUCGAGGGAGUAAAGGGGGAUUUAAGUUGGAAGUUCACCGGGGCAUUGCGCUUGUAAAUAAAGCGGAGGAUGCUUUAAAGGAUGAAUAUCUUGUGCCAGAGAAUUGGAGGAUUCUAAAGAACAAAGGAAUGGUUCAACAGGAAGACGGUUCCUGGAAGUUGAUGGACCAUGAAAAAGAUGAUUAUGAUUCUUAGAAUGGAUUUGGUUUGAUAAUAUAGAUAUGAUUUGGGUUUUCUUUUCUUCUUCUUUUUUUCUAUUUUUCUAUUUUUCUUUCUUCAUUUUUAACCUUUUCCUCUUAUAUUAAUUCUAAGCAAAGGGCCAAAUUAAUGAAGAUUAAGAAAAUGUCUACAUUGCG